AGUGGAGAGUGAUAGAGUGGCGAGUCCAAGUGGCGGCUAGGGUUUUACGAGCCCUCUCUCUCUCUGUGGCUGCCUCUCGCACUACCAUUUCACCUCCUCGUCUUCCACCUUCGCCUCUAAACCCUAGACUACCUCUCGUCUCGAUUCGAUUCGAUUCGCCUGUCCAUGGCGAUCUUGUCGCUGGCGGAGUUGUUCUAGGCCGCUGUUUGAAGGGUUGAAUUGGUGUUCCGGCGAUUUUUGUCGGAGUUGAGGCGGGGAGAGGGGCACGAUGGGCACGAAGAACCAGUUCGAUCUCCUCGUUGACGUCGACAACGACGACCCCUCGCACCUCAUCGCCGCCGCCGAGAAGAAGGCGGCCGCGUCGCCCAAGCCGGCGCCCGCCGCCCCGGCCAAGCUGCCCACCAAGCCGCCGCCGCCGCCCGCGCAGUCCGUAAAGGAGUCUAGGAACUAUGGUGCUCCAGCUCGCGAUGGGGCAGGACGCGGUGGACUAGGACGUGGUAGAGGUGGCUUCCGUGGAGGCAGGACGGGUCCAAGGCGUGAAUUUGGUGAGGGUGAUGCCAAUGGUGUUGAGGGAGGUUAUGGUGGAGGCGGCUUUAUAGAUGGUAGUUUUCUGCGGAGAGAGGACGGCGAAGGAAAGGCUUCAGAAAGGGGCCGGGGACCGCGUCAGCCUUAUCGUGGUGGUGGUCGUCGUGGCGGCUACACUGAUGGUGAGGCUGGAGAUGAGUCUGUCCGACCCCCUCGCCGUGCCUAUGAGCGCCAUAGUGGCACAGGCCGAGGGUAUGAGAUGAAACGCGAGGGAGCUGGCCGUGGCAACUGGGGAACUGUGGCUGAUGAAGCCCUUGCACAGGAAACAGUAGACGCUGUUAAUACUGAGGGUACUCCUGCUGUGACUGAGGAUAAGAACAAGCUGGAGGAGGCACCACAGUCUGAGGUUGAGAGGGACAAGGAGGGUGAACCUGAAGAAGAGGAACCUGAAGAUAAGGAGAUGACUUUGGAAGAAUAUGAGAAACAAUUGGAGGAGAAGAGGAAAGCUUUACUUGCACUGAAAACUGAAGAGAGGAAGGUUGAGGUAGACAAGGAGUUGCAGUCCAUGCAACAACUUUCAGUGAGAAAGGGUACGGAUGAGGUUUUCAUCAAGUUGGGUUCUGACAAAGACAAAAAGAAAGAAAAUGCUGAAAGGGAUGAGCGUGCCAAGUCUGUUAGCAUCAAUGAAUUCCUGAAGCCAGCUGAGGGUGAGAGGUUCUACAGUCCAGGUGUGCGUGGCCGGGGUCGUGGCAGAGGCCGCAGUGACCGUGGAGGAUUCCGUGGUGGUUAUAGCUCUCGUGAAACAGCACCUGCGCCGGCUCCGGCAAUUCAAGAUCAAGCUCAGUUUCCCUCAUUAGGUGGGAAGUGAGCACGCAACCUGCCAUGACCUCAUUGCAUAUUUUCGGAGAUUUGUUUAAAACUGUGCCCUCGCGUCGCCGCUGCAUCAGUGCUUUACUUUUGGCUCUGUAUAUCGCGUCUUGUCUCGCGUGUAUAUCUGAGCCAGGUGUUUGUGUCACAGGUAAGCUUAUAUUUCGUUUUAUUCAUAGGAUGUCUGCAUGUUGGUGUACUACUAUAUCAGUUAAAAGAUUUAAGUUCAGCUA